AUGGCGGAUCGUUGGAGAGCCCCAUCAGAAACUCAUUGGGCAUCACCAACUCAUCACGCCCCAGAACCCUUCACAUACCGCUUCAACGGCAAACCCUGGAACAUGAUGGGACCUCUGAUUGUUCAUUUGCUUUUACAAGGUGUUAUAAAGUAUGAUGUUUUGGGAUUGGAAAUGAGAAUGCCAAAAGAAAUUCAUGGCCUCCAGGGUUCCUGUCUGGUUAUACCAUGUUCUUUCUCUUACACGUCAAAACCACCCAAAGACACACGUAGAGUUGUGUGGUAUCAGUGGGUCUCUGACGGUUCUCCUUUAGUUUAUGAUCCUUUGCAUGAAGAUCGUGUCAUUCAGAAGUUUAAAGGAAAAACUGAUUUAUAUGGAAACUCAACUUGGGAAUGCAGUCUGCUGAUCAAAAACCUGGAACAGUCCCAUCAUGGAGAGAAAUUAUACACAAGGAUUGACCCUGAAAAUGUUGUGUGGCACACCUACAAAUUUGAUGAUGUCACCUCUACAAAUCCUUGUCAAUAG